AGUAGUAGACUCCCCGCCAGACGCUGCGUUUCUAUAGGAGUGCUCAUCGUUGCGUGCCUCCUGUGCUUCCAAGCCGACUGUAAACGUGUGUUUAGGUGUCCGGGGACAUGUACCUGUUCCAAGGAGUCCAUCAUAUGCGUCGGCUCCAACAAUGUGCCACGGUUGAGCCCGAACGACAUAAAUUCACUGAGCAUCGUCAACGCCACGUUCUCCGAGGUCAAGGAGGCUAUGUUUGCGCACAUGCCCUCUCUGCAACUGCUGUUGCUGAACUCGAAUUCCCUCACCACCUUGCGCGAUGAUGCCUUCUCUGGUCUUCCUCACUUGGAGUAUUUGUUCAUAGAGAACAACAAACUGGAAACAGUGUCCCGCUAUGCUUUCAAGAACCUGAGAGAUCUCACUCACCUGUCUCUGGCGAAUAACAACAUUAAGGCCUUACCCAGGGACCUCUUCAGUGAUCUGGACUCACUCAUAGAGCUAGACCUGCGUGGCAAUGCGUUUGAGUGUGACUGCCGGGCUAAGUGGCUUAUGCAAUGGCUGCGCAGUACCAACGCCACCGUGUCGGACAUCUACUGUGAUGGCCCGGAGGAGAUGAAGGGGAAGAGGCUCAACGACAUGGCCAGCAUGCACAACGAGUGCAUGUCCACAGAUUUCGUGCUCCACCAGUCGGUGGCGUCUGAGUCCUUGUCGGUGGACACCUUCUCCUUCAAGAAUGAUGUGUAUGUGGCCAUCGCUGCCCCCAACACGGAGAGCUGCAUGGUGAUGCAGUGGGACCACAUCGAGAUGUACUUCAGAUCCUACGACAACAUCACAGGCCAGUCCAUAGUGGGCUGUAAGUCGGUUCAGAUCCAGGAUCAGGUGUUUGUGAUCGUGGCCCAGCUCUUCGGUGGCUCCCACAUCUAUAAGUUUGAUGAAGACCAGAGUCGCUUCAUCAAGUUCCAGGACAUCGAGGUGUCGAAGAUCUCCAAGCCAAACGACAUCGAGGCCUUCCAGAUCGCUACUGAUUGGUUCUUCGUGAUCGCCGACAGCUCGAAGGCGGGACUCUCCACCCUCUACCGCUGGAAUGAUAAAGGCUUCUAUUCCCACCAGUCGCUACACGAGUGGUUUAGAGACACCGACGCAGAGUUUGUGAGUCUGGACGGAAAACCACACCUCAUCCUGGCCAGCAGAUCACAGGUACCAGUCAUCUAUCAGUGGAAUCGCGGGUCCCAGAAGUUUGUUCUGCAGGGUGAGGUUCCCAACAUGGAGGACGUGGUGGCAGUGAAAGCCUUCAGAGUGGACGACAACCUGUACCUGGCCAUGACACGAUACAUUGGAGACUCAAAGGUGCUGCGUUGGACCGCCCCUAAGCAGUUCUCGGAGGUCCAAGCCCUCCCCUCGCGAGGAGCCAUGAUCCUGCAGCCCUUCACCUUCAAGCAGCGCCACUACCUGGCUCUGGGUAGCGACUACACCUUUUCGCGUGUGUAUGCCUGGGACGCGGAGGCCGGCGCCUUCCAGCGCUUCAAGGAGGUGUACAUCCAGGCCCCCAGGUCCUUCACCGCCGUCUCCACCGACCGACGAGACUUCCUUUUCGCCUCCAGCUUUAAAGGAAGCACGCAGAUCUACGAACACAUCCUCAUCGACCUCAGCCUGUAG